CGACUUUAGUUGAGUGAGCCUCCCUCCGUCGUUGUUCCGGGAUACCUGCAACCGAGAAAAGAUUCAGCCAUGGAUCUUGUGCUGAAUGUCGCUGACUACUACUUCCUAACGCCGUACGUGUACCCAGCGUCGUGGCCUGAAGACGGAGCCCUGCGGCAGAUUAUCAGCCUGCUGGUGGUGACGAACCUCGGAGCUGCAGUCCUGUACCUGGGCCUGGGAGCCAUCAGCUACUACUUCAUCUUCGACCACAAUCUGAUGAAACACCCACACUUCUUGGAGAAUCAGGUAUGGCGAGAAAUCAAAUAUGCGAUGACCUCUCUGCCCGUGAUCAGCAUUCCCACUGUGGCUUUGUUUUUCACUGAAGUCAGAGGAUACAGCAAACUCUACGAUCAUGUCGCCGAUUCGCCCCUCGGUUGGCCCGGCCUUUUCCUGAGCAUGAUUUCAUUCCUGUUCUUUACUGACAUGUGCAUCUACUGGAUUCACCGCUUCUUACACCAUAAGCUUAUUUACAAGCUGUUUCACAAACCACACCACAUCUGGAAGAUCCCCACUCCCUUUGCCAGUCACGCUUUUCAUCCAGUGGACGGCUUCAUGCAAGGACUGCCCUACCACAUCUACCCGUUCCUCUUCCCCCUCCACAAGGUGCUCUACUUGGCUCUUUACUUUUUAGUUAACAUCUGGACCAUCUCCAUCCACGACGGCGACUAUCGUGUACCCGGAGCUCUGACGAGCGUCAUCAACGGCUCAGCUCACCACACUGACCACCACCUCUUCUUCGACUACAACUACGGUCAAUAUUUCACUCUGUGGGACCGCCUGGGAGGCUCCUACAGGCACCCGUCGGCUCUGAUGGGGAAAGGUCCCCAUGAUCUGAUCAGGAAACUUCAAGCAGAGGGAAAGUUGGGAAAUGACGAAGCGAAGCCUAACGGGCAAGUGAAUGGACGGGCUCAGAGGGGAGUUACCUGUAAGGAGGAGUAACAGUACACAGGUUAUGAAUAAUUUCAGAAAGUGAUCUCUAUUUUUGUAAAGACAAUUUGUUAAAGCCCUGCGUAUUGGAGAGUAAUUGGAGUUCAUGUAUGUGCCAAAUAAGCCUCUGUAAGAAUUGAGUUCUUGUGGAGCAAUGAGUGAAUGUGAAACGGCUGCCCCUGGUUGGACUGCACACACAUACCAAUCACAAACUAUCGACUAACAUCCAGAGAUGGGGUGUUGUUUUGUAGUGUAACUGAUUUUUGCAAACCGCUGAACCGCGCAGCAAAGACACUUGAGGAUCAUCAGAAAGCUGGAGCUACUGGAGCUGCUUCAGUCACAAACCAGACCUGAGGCUGGUUUCACAGGGCUCUACUAUAGCCAGAGGUUUUUAUUUGACAUGUUAUAAAUCAGAGUAACCCAAAAGUUGAAACACUGGCUAAUCAGCCAUGCCUACUUUACACUUCCAGCUUUUUAUUAUUUUUUUUAAGAGUCAUAAGAAACGUAACAGAAGAGCAGCAGAAGCCUCAUUAACUUUAAUUUUUCAGAAGUCGUGUCUUCUGUUGCAAUUUAAUUAAAAUAUUGAGAAGAUAGCAAUUAUAACUAACAGUUAGAAAUUACGUUGCCAACAGAAGUGUCAAAAAAAUUCUGAAACAUUUAAAAAUCUUAGAAAAUGUGUUUUAUAGAUAUACUGGGCAGUUUCCUCUCAGUAGGGAAUAAAGUUUGUGGGAUAAAUAUUGGUGACACAUGUGGUUAAUUUAUUCUUAAGCCCUCACAUGGAUCAUACCUUAAACAACCUGCAUUUAUACAUCCAUCCCCCUCAAAGCACUGAUGUGGUGUGAUGCAUACAACUCUAUAUUCUUGGUUCUUUCUUUUCGAGCUCUGCAGGAUUUUUUUUCGUGUGCACUGAUUCUAGUUAUAAAGACAAGAGAAUAGUUGAACGUGAUCAUUUAAUACAUGUUUUGCAUUUUAAUACUAUAGUUGUAGUAUGCAACAUGUAACUGCAAUAAAUGUAUGCACCGAUUUUUUUUUUUUUUUUUUUUUUUUUA